ACCAUUCAAAUUGAAACGCGCGCUUCAUUUACUCCUUCACCAAAAACCAGUGGAGCUUCCAUAGAUCCAGUUAACCGCCGGUUAACAUGACGACAUUAGAGAAGUUGUUCAUGCAAAUCUUCGAGCGAAAGGACUCAAUCAUCGAACAACUGCAGCAGCAAGCCGAUUUAUACACACAACAACUCGCAUCGACACUUGUAAUCGACGGAAUUACACCUCCUCCUUGGCUUCUGAGCCCUAAUUCUUCGAAUCCUAAUGGGUUGGAAAAAGAACAAAUUAUCUCUAAGCUCUUACUCCGGCCUCCACCAGAUUCCAUUCGAUACUCAAUCGGUGGGCACUCUCUGUACUACCCGCCUGUUGUUCCUGGUGGAAAUAUUAAUAGACAGUUAUCCACUGAAAAGUGCACGGAAACACAUGCUCCUAACAAAGCUGUUGAUCUAAGCAAUGAACAUAUGGUGACACUUGAGUGUCAUAAAAAUGACAAUGUAGGUAUCUUAGAUCAUGUUCCUGAGCAAGAUGACAGUGCUAAAUCCCCUCAGAGUGAGAUGGAUGCUAGAAUAACAAGCAUUUAUGCUGCACCCGAUGCGUCACUUGCUAGAAUUCAGAGGUCCAAGUCCAGGCAAAAAGCUCGGGAGCUACGCACUGGUGGCAAAACUACUGCCAAAAGUCGCUUAAACAAUGAAAAUAGAACACAUAUUUCUUUAAGCGGAGAGUCAAAAUCCAAAAAGGAUUUCCAUCACGUUAUUCAAGAUAAAUGCCCUUCAGAGAUGAACAAAUGGAAUAAUAUCAGUGUGGCAGAAGAAGGAAACGAUGAAAAGGGAAAUGAUGGAACCAGUCAUAAUAAAAUUGGGUCCUCGUUUGAUAAGGAAGAAUUAGAUGAUGACAUCAUAGUGGAGCCAAUAGGUGAGUCAUUGCAGCAAUCUUGUCGUGUUAAUGAUGUUAUCGAAGAGGCCAAUCUUCCUGAUGUUUGUUUGGGAAGUUAUGCAAGCAAAAAAUCGAUAACCAGGAAGCUACAAGGUACAAAAAGCCAAAACAAUCGUUUUUCUGGUAGAAUUACAAGGUCUAGAAGUUCAAGGCUACAAACUAGUGGAAUAAACCAGUCUUCAAAACCGGGCACGUCUGUUUCUCGCAAUCCGAAAGGUGCAGGUGCACUUUCUCAUUCUGUUGGUGAUUCAAUGCAAUCAAACAAGUUAAAAGAUGCAGCCAAAAAUUCUUGUGAUAUAAAUGUGGAGACACAAGCUAUUUGUAGCCAUGAAGGUUUAUUAAAGCCAGUCGUUUCCUCCUAUAUUGAUAUGAACGAAUCUCUACUUCGUGGGAAGCACCAAAAAAAUGCUGAAAUUGAGGGAAAUGGGCCUAUAGAUGAGCUAGUUGCAAUGCAGCCUGUAAAUUCUGGUAAUAAUUUGGAUCCGGUUACCUUAAGGCAAUCUUCUAACAGUUGUAUGAAUGUUAUACCAAAGCAAUUGAACUUUGAUGAAAUUGACAAAGGUGAUCUAAAUGAAGUCUUUAGUUCACUUUCCAAGAAGAGAAAACCGGAUGAAAUGUCGGGAGGUGAUCUAAAUGAAGUCUUUAGUUCACUUUUCAAGAAGAGAAAACCGGAUGAAAUGUCGGGAAAAGAGUGCUAUUCUUCGAAGGAGGUUGCACCAUCAAUUGAUCAUGAAUCUAGCUGCAAUGUCAUUGAGCAGCAGUUACCAAAACAAAAUGACCUGUCAAGCGGGACAGAAACCACAAGGGCACAUAGUUAUAACAACAUUGAUGAACUAGCAAAAGGCGAAAUGAAGAAUAUUGAUGUGGACAUGAAUGACAACCAUCCGGUGAUGGAUGAUGUUGAGCAUGAUGAUAUUGAUGUAACAUGUGACGUAAAAUUAUCUCCCAAAGAAGUCAAUAAUAAAUUUGAUAAAGAAAAGCAUUCAGAAACAUCUCAUUCGAAUGAAGAUCAAGCAUCCUCAUUAAACAUUCAAACCGAAGAGGAUGAUCUUGACCAUAAAGACAAGGAGAGUGCUGCUGGUGUUUAUAUGCUUGUGUCCAACAUUAAGUCAUCAUUGACUUCAAGUUUAACCAAACAAGGAAAUGAUAGUUUUGAAGAUUGUUUCGAUAAGGAAGUCAACGAACCAGAGGUAGAUCUUGAAGUUGGGCCAAUACCUAAGCUGUCCAAUAUGAAACUGAAUUCUGCUAAGGCUAAUACAUGGCCUUUGAAUCAGCAGAAAGAUGUUGAAGACCAACCAAACUGCUUUUCAGAUUCACGAAACUUUAGGGUACAUAUUCAAAGAGAUGGAAUUCGUUGUGAUUUGGAGACCGAGACCCCUGAAAAUGGUUCAAAUUUAUUAAAGGGAUCUGCAUCUAUACUUUCGUCUGAAAAGAUACAUCUUAUUCAGUCAGAUGGCAUGCAGAGCAGUGAAAAGAGAGUUCAUUAUGAUAUGAAUUGUGAUUUGUUAGAAGGAACACAGUCCUUACUUGAGACUCAAGCUGCUGAGGAAAUUGUUACUGAAGUGGAUGAUGACACUGCAGAAAUUACUGACACACUCAAACAGGCUGAAUCAACUUGUGUCGUAAAUUUGAUCAAGAAUGUAGCUGCUGAUGAUUCUACGUAUAGCUUGGCAGUAGAUGUGGUACCUACACCUUCAAUCAUCAACGGUGACGUUGCGGUUACCGACAAUUUUGAGAUAAACCUUCCUGAGUGGGUGUCUUCACCAAUUGAUGACAAUACCAUGGUUGUAUCUGACAAAAUCACUCCGGUCUAUGAGGGUUUUAUCAUAGAUGACGAAACGGGAAAUGUAAACGUGGGGAAUAAUGAAGGUGGAAUAGGUUUUGACACACUGGAAAUCCCGAGUACCACAAUUGAACGAGCUAGCAUUAUAGAGAAGCUUUGUAAAUCCGCAAGCAUGCAGACGCCAUUGUCUCAGUUUUCGCCUUCAUGUACGCAACAUCAAGUUGAAGGCUUAUAUGGAUUUAUGGCAGACGGGAUUCUUGACCACGUUGACCUUGGAACCAGUGUAUCUAUUGAUGAAGAUUCUAGAAAGAAUCCACAGCAACAAAAAUUUGAUUGUGCUACACCAUUAUACUAUCAAUUGAAAAACCAUUAUUCAUCUCCUGUUGGAAAGCUUUGGGAAAGAUCAGCUUCAAGCUCAGGUAGUUCGGAGAUUCAAAUGAGCUCAAAUCCCGAUCUUACUUGCUUCCCGAUUGAAGAAGAUCCGAGCGAUAACGAAGAAAAUGAGAACCCAGACGAGAUGCAGGAUAAACUUCAAGAAAACAUAAGUCCAGAUGAAGAAAAUGAAAAUCCAGUUACGGUUUCUACUGAAAUGAAAAUUGAAAGAAGGGAGAAUGAUGAUGACGUGGCGGUUGCAAAUCAUAUCUCCAUGUCAUCCAUGAAGUAUGCAGAUAGAUACAGCUCGAAUUCUGUUGUCAGUAUGGAGGUUAGUGUCCCGCGGACACGUGAUAAAGUGAAAUAUAAGCCUAAAAUUCCUCAUGGGAUUAAGGUAAGUAGGUACGAGGAAGAUAACCGGAAUUCGUCUAUUGCUACACGUGCUAGUAGCAGGGGAAAUUUGUCUGUAAAUAGUAAAAAUAAGAGCGGUAUAAGAAGUGGAAUACCAAGGCUGUCACAAAAGGAGGCUAAACGUAACAAUAUUGUAUCGAACAUUGCAUCGUUUAUCCCAAUGGUUCAACAGAAACAAGCAACCGCUGCUUGCACAGGGAAAAGGGACAUCAAAGUGAAGGCUCUGGAAGCUGCAGAGGCUGCAAAACGCCGCGAACAAGAAAAGGAGAAUGAGAGAAAACUGAAAAAAGAAGCAUUGAAGCUUGAACGAGAAAGAAUCGGGAAAGAAAAUGCAAAAGAAAUGGAAUUAAAAUUGAAAAAGCAAGAGGAAUUAAAGAAAAAAGAAGCUGAGAUAGCAGCAAGGAAAAGGCAACGGGAGGAAGAAGAGCGGAAACAAUUGGUCAAGAAACGAAAGCUUGUCGCAGAAGCACAAAAAAAUCAGAAAUUAAAAAAUGAAAAAUCACGUCCUGGGAAAUUGGAGCCAGAAAAGCAUGUCAAAAAUGCUGCUGUGGCUGGAAACAAGAAGAAUAACAAAAAUGCAGAUGAAAGUAGUUUUCAGAAACAAGACACUGGAUUGAAGAUAGACAAAAGUUUAGCAACUGUCGUCCUGCAAGUUACAUCUGUUCCUGAAAACCGUGAUGCUUCCAAUGAUUGCGGUGAGAAAGAUAAGGCAACAAACGUAAAUGAAAUGUCACCUGUAAAAGUUGUACCCGUGAAGUUGACAAGUCAAGAAAAUUCAUAUGAUAUAUCUCCUUAUCAAUGUUCUGAUGACGAGGAUGAUGAUGAGGAUGAACCAUCCAUCAAGAAGUUUGUCCCUUCAUGGGCCAGUAAAAACCGCGUGGCCAUGGUUCUACCAUUGCAGCAGAAACUCAACCCUGAAUUAAUAUUCUCUGUAGAUAGCUUUUGCAGUAUGGAUGAAGUUCUCUUGCCACGUAGGCUACAAGCACAGUAGGUUGCAUAUGCUAAUUAUGUACUCACCUAUAAAGCGCGUCCAUGUUAUUUGCAGCCUGUGUAAAGGAAUGAAUGAGAAUGGUUGUGUAGUCAAAUGAUUCUUCCAAAUUAUCUUGAUCGAAUGUCCAUGGUUGCUAGAAUAGCUUUCGCGGGAAUGAUCUUGCAAACUCUAAACUUCUAAACCGGUGGCUUUAUUGAAUCGUUUGAGAUAGAUUACCAUCUACAAUCGUGCAUUCGUAAUUUGUCUAUAAUUGUAGUGUCCAUGUGUCUUAUAAUAUGAAUACUGUAGUUAAUGUGCAUGAGAUUACAUCUUUUGUUUGAUUUAAGAUCAAAUACUUAUUACAUUAGUUUUUAGUUUUUACGUGAUAGUUUAGAUACUUUUUGAUUGA